UUGCUUAUGGAUCAGGAUGUAGCUCUCAGCUACUACUCCAGCACCUGCCUGCAUCCCAUCAUGCACCCACCAUGAGGAUACUGGAUUAAACCUCUGAAACGGUGAAACCUUCCAGCGCCCACCUACUCUUGAGCAACGAUGUGGAACAGCUCCCUCAACAACAGGCCACUCUCAGGAGUAUUAAAGCUGUGGUAAAGGGGAAGGAGAUCCCAAGCCUUUUAUUACUUUCUUCAGAGCCUUUAGAGGGCACAGCUAAUCCUACUGUUACCUCAGUUGGAAUACUGAUGUGGGAGGUUGUCGGUUUUAGAGUAGUUUAGUUCAAGGUGAAGGUGAUCUGAAAUCACAGGGAUCCCACCCGCCUGCCCCUUUCCUCAGCCUGAGCAGAGCUGUCAGAAUCCUGAAACGGGAGUUGCAUGUGUGCUGCUGCCCUGCAUCUAUUCGUCCUCCUAAAGAUGCACCCGGACCUGUCUCCACACUUGCACACCAAAGAAUGCAACGUCUUGAUUGACUUGCUUAAGGAGUGUCACAAAAAGCACAACAUUCUGAAGUUUUUUGGUCAUUGCAACGACCUUGAUCGGGAAAUGAGGAAGUGCUUAAAGAAUGAGUACAUGGAGAAGAGGACCAGGAGCAGGGAGCACGGUGCUGAGAUGCGGAAGAGACUCUCUGAUCUGCCAGAGGAAGAGGGAAGAUAGCUCAUUGUGGCUCGGAGACCUGAAGAUGGCUGCUAGCCGGAAAACGUCCCUUCUCUUUGGGUUCUCUUGAACCCUUUUGAAUGAAAAGUGAUCUGUGAAGAAGCAGCUCAUGGAGAGCCAUGAGACUGUGGAUUCUCGGUAGUUGUUGAGUAAAAGCCUUUUGUGCCAUGGACUGUGCCUGCAAGACAGUUUCCUCUGCUGCUGCCUGAGUCUGUGUCCACCCAAUACUGACUUGCCUCCUGCAAUAAAGUCAUCAGUGCUGGCC